CAAGGAGUUGCCAAGGCCACGUUAAGUUUAGACAAAUACUUUUCGUCGUUUCGGUCGCUAGCCGGACAGACGCCUCCCGACGUCGAGACAGAGAACACCCGCCGCCCGCUCGCCAACACACAUGGCCAACCCAGGCUCGCUCGCUCGCCUCGUGUCCCUGAUGGUGAUCAUCAUGGCUGGCGCGGGGUCUUCGGAGCUGCUCGAACUCUCCUACACGUACAACGUCGACGCUCCAACCUCUCCUAAACUCACGCCCUUCACGUAUAAAGUCCUCAAGAAAGGGUACAACGACUUCGGCGUCUGGGUGGAGUUAAAUGAGUUUUGUGCUUCGGAGCACUCGGGGACGCAUCUGGACGCGCCCGUGCACUUCGCCAAGGACCGCUGGGGCGUCAGCGACAUCCCCCUCGACCGCCUGUGGAGGGUGCCCGCUGUGGUCAUCGACGUGUCCCGGGCCAUCGAGCGGUCCGGCCAGAUCGACUACCCUAUAGCGGUGAAGGACCUCGAGGCCUGGGAGAAGGUGCAUGGCGUGAUCCCCGACCACACCCUCGUCCUCGUGCGCACGGGCUGGGGCCUCAAGAGCGGCGACCUGCAGGCGUAUUCCAACGUGGACGAAACCAAUACCAACCACUUCCCCGGUCUGAGCAAGGAGGCAGCGACCUGGCUAGCCACCCACGGACAGCGACACGGACACCGCACAGGCAUCGUGGGCGUGGGCGUAGAUACGAUCUCUGUGGACGUGGGAAAUUCGACGAGAUACGGCGCCCACGAGGCUAUGUACUCGCGGAACCUCUUUGGACUGGAGAACGUCGCUAACAUGCAUAAGCUUCCCCCCUCGGGUUUCCGCGUCACCAUCCUGCCCAUGAGGAUCGGCGGAGGCAGCGGCGCCCCCGCUCGCAUCGUCGCCGAGCUGGACCAGCGCGCCGAGCCCCUCGCCAGCUCCUCCUCCAGGAACGCGGGCGUCUCCCUGGCAACUCUCCUGCCCGUGUUCCUGCCCGUGCUGAUCGCGGCGGUGUUCGGGAAGAAGGGGGCGUAGACUGGAUGGGCGUGCGGAGUCUGGAUGGGCGUGCGGAGGGUGGAUGGGCGAGUGAAGGCCUAGGGUAAACCUGCUGUGUGUUGGACUUGAUACAGAUAAUAUGUAUUAUUUUUGAAAAGUGAUUAAAUUUUCUUAAUUCAUAUAUGAUACAUCAGAUCACAUAUGAGAGAUAUAUUCUAUUAUCAUCUCAUGUUAAGACAUUUGUUGCAAUAAAACAUCAGGUUGAAGUUUCAGUAUGUGAGAUGGAAAUAAAGGUUAGUGUGUUUGUAACUUUAGAUAGAUUUUUCUUUUCGCAUGUCCGUCAGAUAUGAACUUUUCAUGGAGAAAAGGACUCAGGAAAUGUGUUCAUGUAAUUACUAAUAAAUGGAAUAUUUGGUGUGAUUAAAGCAUGAAACACAUA